ACUAAGAAUAGCAGGGAUUUUAUUUCAAUUUCAAAUUUGUACUUGCAUUAUAAAACCACAUUCUGGGCUGCACGUUUGACAGCCCAGCUGCGGGACGUCCGCGUGAAUGAGGACUCUACAUGGCGCAGGCGCAUUUUGUCGAUCGUAACGCGCUCACGAAUGGCAUAGCGUUUCCAUGGAAACCACAAACAGCGGCGUAGCCAAGAGGGCCGAGUACCGAGCAGCACCGGACAGUACCGGGAACUACCGGACAGCAUCGUGGCACUAGCUGAUUACAGACGUCGAAAACUUUCAUGCAGCAGUGGACGUAGCACGCUCCCGGACACAUUCCGCUGCUGACCUGAGAGACACCGUCUCCCGCAGGAUGGCGGAGAUCCGUGUCGUCCCCCGUGGGAAAGUCUACCGGCAAAUGUUUGACGCACAGGUUAAGCUGUCCAUGGCUCUGCACGAGUCCCGGAGGAGACGCGCGGCUACCGCGGGGGUUCCGCUCCAGGACAGCGCCACUCCGCCGGGGCCGGGCUUCGGGACCCGCGCCGGCACCGAGCGCUCAGACGACGGCCGCAGCUGGGAUCGGGCGUGUGCCGCGUCCCGGUCGCUUAAAAACGCCACGGAAGAAGAAGAAACCCUGCCUGAUGUUGUUGUGGCCGAAAAAGUGGGCUCUGAUAUCAAUGAGCGUCUGCUGGAAAGGCGACUGAAGCGGCACACGCAGGCGAUGGCUGAGCUGCAGAGGGACCUGGCCUCUGUCAGUGAGAGUUAUGAGACACCUCUCAGGGAGACAGGAGAGAACUUCCUAAGUAAAAUGUCUGCAUGUGAUGAGACCAUGGAGAACCUGAUGCAGAAGAUUGUCAAUGCCGAUGUCACCUAUACCCUUCAGGAUCUGCACCAGCUUUGGGACACUAUUGCUGAGAAGGCAGAGGACCAGAAGAAGUGGAUCAUGGAGCUGGACACGGUUCUGGGGCAGUACGAGUCUGAUAGGACCACGAAGAUUACAGCAGUACUGAAGAAAUAUUCGGCACUUCUAGAGGACGUCAGUUACAUGAUGCCCCCUGACAUCCACCGACUGAUCGACGGAGAAGCCAUGAUGAUGAAUCAGGCGAUACUGGCCAAUCGGCGGGCUGUGGCCAGACUUGUCCUUCAAGCGACGGAAAAGCACCUGCAGAAGGGGCUCCUUCUCAGGCUGCACUGGGAGGACAAGGUGCAGGACUGGACCAGACUGAAGGUGCAGGCCUCAGUGGACAGAUUCAGAGAGUUCAUGAGCGACCCACUCAUUCAGGAGCCUCGGGGAGUGCAGGGCACCCUGGAGAGCAUGCGUGCGAAGCAGGAACACCUCAGCCAGAAGCUCCAGACAGAGCUGCAGGGGAUCAGUUCCUUGGUCCCCCCCAGGUGCUCGAAGGAGCUGGUGAGUGAGUGGCACUCCUCACUGUCUGCACUCCAUGAACAGAUUGAUUCCCUGCAUAUUGACUCGGUGGAGAAAAUUCGUUUAUAUUACGAGAGCACUUGGCAGGACUGCUUAGCGCAAAUUCAGAUAUUCGAGGAAGGAGUUCGUGAAUAUGGACUUUCAGCCGUCCAAGUUAAUGCCAUUGUCAAGAAUGAACUCCUGCCUCAGAUGGGUCAGAGCCAAAGCCGGUCCGAGGACCAGAUGCAGGCUCUGCAUGCAGCGUUCGAGUGUCUGGCCAGGAGAGCUGCCGCAGUGAGCCAGUCGCUCUUCAGGUUCAUGAGAGGAGCCGCAGAGCUGUGGGAGGUGCACACUGCUCGGCUGCAGAGGGCAGACCGGCAGCUGAAGGUCCAACUGGAGGAGGUGCGUCAGGCCCACCAGCGUGAGAACCAGAAAAUAGAGGCCCACCUGGACAUGAUGACGGACAAGCUUCGACAGGAGAGCUCAGAAGAGGCUCUCAAGGUCGCACUGGGCAAGGUCAUGCUUUUCCUGGAGGACAUUAAGAAUGGGUAUAGCAGCUUACAUUCUGCUGAAGUGGAUGCUGUUGAAUGCCACCCAGCCCUGAUCCUGGAAGAGAUGCACUGCUACAGCUCCGUGGUCAGCAUGUUCUUCAGCGUCGACGAGACCUUCCACAUGGACUCUGAAGAUCUGCGUCGUUAUUUUCCCUCAGUCAGACUUGAUGCAAGCGGUCAGAUGGGAAGCCGCAGACCUACUGAUCAGAGCAGGACUCUGGCUACUGAAUACCCACAGUCGCCUGCAGACAUGCUCUUCAUAGAGGAUGGCACGGAUUCUGAACAGGGGUCCAGCGCCCCUCUGACGCGAGUCUUCACAACUUCCAGAGGCAACACGUAUCAUGCGAGUUCCAGGACGUUUCAGUGGGAGGAGAAGGGCCCAUCUCUGCCGGAGGUGGGGCUGCUGGUUUAUCCCAGCAGCUUCUGGGAGCAGCUACAAGACGAUGUGCGUGUGGCAUUCUUUAACCACCUAGAAGAGUGGUAUCACACGGCCCUGACAAAGGCGACGGACGUCGUGGCGACAAAAAAGGAGGAGCUGCGGGCUGAGCUGGACCUUCGGCUGCGUCUCCACGAAACGCGGGUUCAGAGCGUGGAGAGGGACGUCCACGAUGCCCGAGCCGAGGAGCUGGUGCUCCACCAAGAGCGAGUGGACCGACACUGCAAAGCGGUCUUACUGUCCCUCAGCCAGUCCAGGACUGACCUACAGGACCUGCUAACACAGCAACGGAAGCAGACUGAGGAAUUCCUGACUCAGGUCUACAGCAUGGAGGGCAAAUUCAGCUUGGCCACCAGCUCCAAUAUUCUGCUGCAGCUGCGUAACUGCCUGCAGUCUCAGCUGGAGAAGCACACGUUACGCAUCCAGACGGAACACAGACACUUCAGGGAGGAAAUGGAGCGGAAAAUGGCGACACUGAGGCAAACCAGUGCCCAGUUCAUGAGAUCAUUCAGGUUGUUUUCAGAAGGUGGGAACUUCACCCCCAAAGAGAUGGAGUUGUACCACAAGCAACUGGAGAAGCUGGCCACGCGUAUCGACUCUACAGAAGAGGCCAUCGCAGUCAACUCAGAAAAGAAUGAGUCCCAGUGCCUGCAGCAGGCCAAAGAUUCGACGAACAAAUUUCAGGACAGGUUCCAGUUUCUAGCUGCGGAUUUGAGGUUUUUGGAGAAGCUUCGCCGCGUUCCCACCUCCACGCAGGUCCAGAUUGAGAGUGAGGUAGCACGGAGCGAUAUGCAGAAGAGACGGCUCUGCAGCAUGCUGGUAGAGCUGGAAAGGAUGAUAGACGCACACACCAGACCUGGUGCAGCUGAAGCGGCAGUGACUGAACAGGACCUCAUGUCUUACACAUGGUCAGUCAACAAAGAGCUGAGUGACAGAUUCCAAUACCUGCGCUGUUCUCCAGAACCCGUCAUGACCGACACGGCACCACUUUCCCCACACCAGAGGCCGUCCUCCACGAGCUUCAGCCCCUCUCCUGAAGGCCUCAUCCAGCCUAGCCGUGUGGGCGUGGCUUCAGGCAAGGAUGCGGCAGUGGGCGUGGUCCAGGAACUCCUACGGAUGGCCAAGCUGAAAGACCGCCAAGAAUCUCAGGCCAGCACCCCACAGAAAGGCUUCCACGUCCGCUCAGUGGCAGUCAGUCAGCAGCAGUGUGCCUGGGGCAGUCUGCCCCCACUUGACACCACAUGGAGGAAAUCCCCCUCUAGACAAAGAGUGAAGAGGUUCUCCAAACCCACACGCUUCGAUAAGAGAUUCCAGGUGUUCGGUUCCAAACCAGUGGAGCAGGGCGUUGCUACUUUUAAAGGUCUGAUCGUCAACAUCCUGUGGAAGGCAAAUGAUCAUCUGCUCCUGGUGGCAGAGGAAUUCUACAAGAAGGAGCAUGGGCCUGUCUCGCGGCUGGAGAGGCUUCCGGAGACCUUUGAGCUGUGCGCCGAGCAGGUCAACUGCAAGCUGCUGCUCUACUGCAGCCAGGCAGAGAACCACCGCAGAAGCCAUCUCCAAGAGUUCUAUAUACAGCUGAGGGACUUUGAGGGGCAUUUGGCCCAGGUGCUAGAGGCAGUGAUGUCCCACCUGGGAAAAUGGCACAUAAAGGCACUGGACCAGGAUACCACGCAGAUCCGAGAGCACCUGAAGGCAGUCCUGCAAACCCACGAGGACCGGAAGACAGAGCACAACAGGCGCCUGUCCCCCCCGUUGAGUCACCCUGCCUUCCAGGAAGAGCUGGAGACCCUCCUACUGGCUGAGGAGGAACGCCAGAGGGAGGAGACCAGCGCCAUCCAGAGCACGAAGCAAGAACUGCAGGCCUGUGUGACAAGACAUGGGGAUGAGUUUGUGGCAGCACUCGCCUCACUGACAGAGAAGCUGCUCCAGCAGGUGGACAGCCUCCUGACUGUGGACGAGCUUCAAGCUGAACGUAUGCAGCAGACCGCCACUACGAUACUCCUUGCAAAGGUUUCUGGGGAAAGUAUUCCGAUGCAAAAAGCUUUCAGAACCUGGCCAGGGCUUGGAUAUCUGCAGCCGGCUUCUGAAGCCCCUUUGGAACAAACGUGCAGAAGCGACAGCGCCAACACGGCUGCCAAAGCAAGACUGGCUCACCGAAAGACCGUGGAGGCCAGCGAGGCCGUCUACCAGCGUUUCGAGCAGCGAUUCCAGGAGGAGCUGAGCUGGGCAAAGGAGGAGAUGGAGGCACAGAUGAGGCAGGCAGCUUGCUGGCAGGUUCAGUGGCGGGACUCCAUCCGGGUCCUAAAGCAUCUCCACCCCCGAUAGCUAAAGGCAGACAGAGGCCGCCUGGCUGUCUCCGUAAUGGCAGGGGUGGGUAUGUUCCUUUACAGGCAAGUUUUAAAAAUUGAUGAUGGAAAUUGGUAGAGAAGUCCUCUACCAAUAUCCAAAAAUGUUACAAGAAGAAACAAAUGCAGUACUGCUACCUCUGGUGUAUUUUGGGGAUAGAAAUAUUAAACACAUUGUCAUAAAGAUCCUCCAAAGAGA